AGUACUAUUUCGGAACGCAGCCUGUAUAUGAUCGUAUAAAGUAGUCUUCAGUUACUACUUAGCAAUUAUGGCCGCUACAAAGUUAUGAACUGUGUAUUGUAACGAGAAGACAUUUUCCAUACAAAUGUCUAGUAAAAUAAAUUUGUCGUUGAUUUGUUUUGAGUAGAAAAAUGGCAGGAAUAGAGGGCUAUGAGAGCGUAUAUAGAGGUCGGCCUGCGAAAUCGUGGGAAAUGGGAACACCUUAUCCACAGAAGUAUCACCCUCGAGAGGUUAUUCGUCCUCUGGAAAUACCUGUUAUUCAUCCUUUGGCAGAAGACAAUCCACCAGUUGUCGAAGAUGAAGUGAAAAAAUAUAUAGGACUAGGUUGUGGAUUAGUAAGCUUAAUUACAGAAAAUCUUUUGAUCCAUCCUUUUGUGGUAUUACGUAGACAGUGUCAAGUUAACCCAGGAUCAACAAAAUAUCAUCUAAUACCUAUAACUUUAGUACCAGUAAUAGUACGUUUGCAUCAGACUCAAGGUAUAAAUACAUUAUGGAAGGGAAUCGGCUCAGUUUUACUUGUGAGAGGCAUGACACUGGCUGUUGAGGAUUUAAUUUCAAAGAUCACACCAUGGCCAAAGAAGGUUACUUGUAAUAGUUCUUUAAAAGCAUUUGGCCAACAUAUCCUUCUCAAAUGUGUCUCCAUAGGUAUAGUGACUCCUUUCUAUUCUGCAUCCCUUGUAGAGACUGUUCAGUCUGAAAUUGCUUCUGAAUGUCCUGGAAUUUUGGAUGUAUUCCGAGAUGGUGCAAUUCGUUUGCUCGAUGUCUGCAAUAAGGGCAGACUCAUCCCUAUCUAUGCUCUUGUGCCACCUACUAUAAUUUAUGGAGUAUCAAAAUAUCUUUUCACUCUUACUAUAAGAGGAGUUGCUAGUCGAAUAAUGCACAUUAGAUAUAAGCAUAUACAGGAAGCAAGGGGUGCAUACAGCAAAGAUUUAUUGUCUGAAAGUGUUGUUCAAGAUAUAGAAAUGCAGUCCAUACUUGUUUCGAUGUGUGCCGCUGAUAUUUUGUUUUAUCCACUUGAAACUGUUAUUCAUCGACUGCAUCUUCAAGGUACACGCACUAUUAUUGAUAAUUUAGAUACUGGAAGAAGUGUUACACCAUUAUUGACAGGAUAUAGCAGCGCAUCUGAUUGUUAUCAUACAAUAAUAUCAACUGAAGGACCGCUUGGUCUUUAUAAAGGAUUCGGUGCUCUUCUUUUACAAUUUGCUGUACAUGUCGUAGUAUUGCGUACAACAAAAUGGCUCUUAACAGAAUUAAGCACACUAUUAAUACCGAAACCUAAAUCAGUGAAGCAACAAAAACCUGCAUUUUAUGAUGAGAUAUAAAGGAAGCACUAUUCCUGUAAUAAAAUGUGAGAUAUAUGAAAUUAUUUAUUAUUCAAUUGUAUACACACAUAUAUAUGCUGUGUAAUAUAUACAUACAUAUAUAUAUAUAUAUAUAAAAUUAAAUUUGUGGUAAUAUGCAACAAAAGAUUGAAUGGAUAGUGAAAAUGUUUUACCCUACUAUUAAUAUAAAGUAAGAAUUUCUCAGCAAAAAGAAUUUUCAUAAUUCUUUUCAUACUAUUGCUGAUGAUAAAUAUUUUUUUAUCACGUACGUUUGAGUAUUAAUUGUGUAAAUUUUGUAUUGUACGUUUUACAUUCAAUAUAAAGUAAAUAAAAACACCAGAUUCGGCUUAAGUAUUCUUAAAAUAUACGGUAUCCCGAAUUUAUAGAAUGUGGAUAGUAUCUGUAGAUAUGUAAUUUUGUAUAAUAUAGAGUUACUAUUUUCAUGUAA